AUGACUGAUGAGGACGAUGCUGGCAACGUCUUCGCCAUCCCUGAUUUCUGGCGAGCGUCCAAGCUUCUGGACAACGGCAUACCCGAGGCGAGCAGACGGUUCUUCACGUACAAUGUCGAUGAUCCGCCGGCCGUAUUUCAAUUGCAGCCAAUCGAAACCAAACCAUUGAUUGCAAUCCCCGCUUUCGAUCAGAAGAAUGAUGAUGAUCCCGUGCCUGUAGUAGAGACUCCCUUUUCGGAGGUGGAAAAGGUGCCAGAAGUACGCAGCACGCAAGAGGAUGUCGGAAACGAUGGAUACGAGGAUAUAUGGCUCGACUUGAAAAAGCCACCGCCGCAAGCACCCGAACAUAAGACAUGGGAUGCAUUCGAUACCCCAGAUGAUGAGCGCAAGCCACCCAUCUUCAUCACGGAGGCUGGACCUGGGGCUUUUGAUAGUCUGCUUGAAGUUGAAGAAGAUCCCCUUCGACUUCAGAGCAAUGACCACGCCACAGUGGACGCUGAGGCAUACUGCAGCGCCCUGAUGUCUCUAGCCCUGGGCAGGGAAUCCGUCUUCUUUGCGUGGCAGGCUGAAUCUCGCUCCUUCAAGCCACUUCUUGCCAAGAUCAGGAUAUCCGGGUACUCGGCUCUGGUGCUCGAAGGAGUCUCCAGCACCUGUCGUGACUGCGGCAACGGCUCACGAGAGCUUCGUGCAUUCAUUCGGCGCGAUCAUAUCGAUGAAGACGUCCUCACUCUUGUCUUCCAGCAAGCCCAAGCUGCUGAAUACAGUGAUAGCCACCUUGGAGCGAUUAUGCGAGAAGUCCUCCAGAGCGUGGGUCGACCUUGGUUGGAGUUCCUCGGGGAAUGGAUCGGUACAUAUGCAGAGCUCGGGGUGCCCCUCAGCAAGCACGACGCUGGCCGGCAGAAGGGUUUCAUCAAGGUAGAAGCUGAAUCCUACGUCGACGAUUUCGGAGACGAAGUUGAGGAACUGGAUUUUCGCCUGGACUUGGCGAGAAUGCCUUCGUUCAUGCCGAAAGAUGUCGUCCAGAGCCUGUUUGAAACAGGACGGAACCUUCGCUUCAUCAAGUCGAAUCACUCAAGCCACCCGCUUUUGUCCGCGAUGGCAGCGUCGAUCGAAGCCCCCCCGAUCAAAUGGCACUUUGACUGGCAAUCCAUCUACCAGGUGGAUCGAGCAGUCCGCUCCUAUGAAGAUGCUCUGAUCAACGCUAUCAAGAUUCGAUCACGCAGUCGCAUAGUGCGAGAUGACGCUGUGGCUGCCAUGCCAACCAACAAUAUUGGGGGCUAUCAGCUUCAAAUGUUCAGCACAAACGAGGAAGAGCUGCGAAGCCGGCUUCUCGAUUCAAUGGACAAUCUUGCGCAGCUACAAGAGGCGGUUCCAGCAGAGGACCCGCUGGCCACGGUUCUCAAGGCCUGUUUGGAAGCCAAGGAGCCAGGGACAAAAGACACGCUUGGGCUUGAGUUCACGCCACACUGGUCGCUGCUGCCAGUCUUAUCUUUUGGCCCCAUCAUAGCGACUCAGGCCCGAAUUGUCGGCAAAGAAAGCCUCAAAUUGUUGUUCAACGCUCACAACUUGAGGGCACAUCUUAAGGUCCAGCGUGACUUCCAUCUCUGCAGAGGCGGGUCAUUCUGUAGUCGGCUAACACAUGCUUUAUUCGACCCUGACAUGGAGACAGCAGAGCGUGAGGCGGGUAUUGCUCGACAAGGCGGUGUCAUGGGCUUACGGUUGAGCGGCAGAGACACAUGGCCGCCGGCAAGCUCAGAGCUUCGUCUUGCCCUGAUGGGAAUCCUGGUUGAAAGCUACGAGCCACUGGGCGCAGCGCCGACUAGACAUGCUGCUGAGUCUGCACACCUCCCAGGCGACCUGAGCUUUGGUGUCCGUGAUCUGUCGAGCGAGGAGAUUGAAAAGUGUAUGGACCCCGACGGGCUUGAGGCACUUGACUUUUUGCGACUGGCUUAUAAGACUCCCGCUGCCCUGACCCCGGUAAUUACACCGGUGAUUCUAGUGCAGUACGAUCGCAUCUUCAAGUCGCUGCUUCGCGUCCUACGCAUGCUCUACACAGUGGACCGUCUAUUUCGCGACAUCACAAUGAGGGAAUCAGGUUGGGAGAACCCGGACGACAUCUCCACUCGUUUCUGUUUCGAGGCCCGCCACUUCAUUUUCACCGUCAGCAGCUACUUUUUUGACGUUGGCAUUGAGCUGCCGUGGCAGGACUUCGAGGAGAAGUUGAACAAGGUUGAAGCGCAACUGAGCCGCCAGGAAGAGGACACAACGGAUACCGUCCUGAGCCCUGACCGCCUCCGAGAACAUCAUUCGCGUGUCCUUGAGAGGAUACUGUCUGCAUUGUUGCUGCGCAAGCGACAACAACCAGUAGCAAAAUUACUGGACGAUAUCUUCCGAACCAUAUUGCGCUUCGCCAAGUAUGCGCGACUCCAGGCCGGGGGAACGUGGGCGGUCGCAGAUAAUUCUCGUGCCGUCUCGUUAUAUCAAACAUUCAGGAAGAACGUCGAGGUCUUUCUUACCGUUUGCAGGGGAAUGGCAGAGAAGGAUGCAAAUCCGCGUCGCCAGACUGCACGCGGCACAACAGUGGAAGAAGUGACGGGGGAUGGCGUCACCGAAGAAAGUCCUCUUGCUCAGCUCUUGCUGAAGCUGGACAUGUUUGACUACUACUCGAAGACGUAG